AUGUCAAUCCAGGAGAAGCGUUUACAAGCAGAGAUUCGAUCUCUGAAGGAGGAUUUGGUUGAAGUUCGUCGCCAUCUGUCCACUGAUCAGCGAGGUUCAUCUGUCGCCAGUGAAAGGGAGUCCUGGGCGUUUGUGGGUGACUCUGCUCGGCCGCAGGAGUUCCCGCAACCUGCUGCUUCAAUAUUAUCUUUCUUAUGGCAGAUAUACCUGGGCCGGAUAGAUCCGGUCCUCAAGAUAAUCCACGUUCCGACAGUCCAGCAGCACAUCUUCCACAUUCUAAGUGGGCGAUACGCACAUGACGCGUCUACGUUAUGCUUGGUCUAUGCAGUGUGUUACGCGGCGAUCACCACGCUGUCGCCAACCGAGUGCGAAUUUCAAUGGGGAGAGAGCAGGGCCUUACUGCUUGACCGCUAUAGGUCCUGGGUGGAGAAGGGCUUCGGACAAGCAGGCUUUCCGAAGUCAGCAAAUAUUACUGUUCUACAAGCAUUCCUUCUCUACUUGAUCUGUGGUCAAAAAGACCCUCGUGGUCCUGAUGCUUACGCAUUUCUUGGGGUCGCCAUUCGAAUUGCACUCAAGAUGGGCGUUCAUGACGACGGUGCAUCCUUGAACCUCUCUCCAUUCGAAAUAGAAAUGCGACGACGAAUCUGGUGGCAGAUUUAUGUACUGGACGUUCUUACUGCCGAGUGCCAGGGGCUCGAUCCUACCAUUUUGGAUUCUACCUUUACAACCCAAUUGCCCUCUAACGUUAGCGACACGGAGCUUGAUCCAGGAAUGAACAAAGCCCCGCAGGCACGGCCUGGGCGAACAGAAAUGACAUUCACCCUCGCUCGAUUUGAAAUUAUAAGAUUUGCGCGCACUAUCCGAUUCUCAGACCAAUUCUGUCGGAACAAUUCAUAUCCUUGCAUGGAUAUUUCACAAAAGGUAGACGAGAUCGACAAGUUCAGAGCACAAUUGGAGAGGCAAUACCUCAGUUCAUGUGACGGACAAGGACCACUGGGCUAUUUCACUGUGGCCUUCUUUGAUAUUGCUAUUGAACAACUGAGGCUCGAGGUGACAAAACCAAGGACGAACGGUGAGUUGUUGACAGACAUGCAAACUGUUUAUCACGACAUUUGCAUGCGUAUCGUUCUUAAGGCAACGGAAUUGCGAAAAGUUGAGAGUACUGCACGGUGGCAGUGGCAACUUCCGGUCUCUGCUGAAAUGGAUGCCCUAGCCUACCUCAUGUUGGAGCUGUGUCUUAAUCAUCAUAUUGACGCAAGAGGGGCACUGCGGAAGUCAGCACAUCGACUUUACGAACUUCUCAAAACCGGCAUGGACACUUCAAAUCAUUCUCGCUGGCACCACGUCAAAAAACUUUGGGGCGAAGUGUUGACGGCUAGGGAGCUGACAUGCCCCGAUUCUUCUUUGGAGAGGCCAGCAGAGCCUGAUCCCUGUUCAAAACCCACAACGGUCGCUCAAUUAUCUGCAUUUGUUGAUGAAACUCGUAAAUACGUCGUAAAUCAUGGAAUUCGAUCUCCCGGGGAUACUCUGUGUCCACGUCUCGGACCAGAAACGGCUCACACUGGACUAGACUCGGAUAGCAGGGGAGAGGUCCCGGACGCAGACAUUACCACUGACGCUAUUAUUGCCACUUCUGUGCCCUGCUCCUCCACCAAUUCCCCCGAAAACAUCGGUGAACUACCGGGCAACGGCACUCUCUGCGAGUGGAGUGAGGCGAUAAUCCAACAGUACUGGCAGAUAACACAGAAUGCGUGA